AUGCGUUCCGCCGUCGUGCUUGGCGCCGCCGCCCUCUUCUCCAUCAGCGCUGCUGAAGUCACUGUGACCUUCACCUCUACCGUCACCCCGACCGAGUGCGCCGCAAGUGAGUGUGACGAACCGUCCCCGGCCUCGAUAUCAAACCCAAGCCCCGGCAGCUACAUUGCACCCGAAUCUUCCCCUCCUGCACCCGAUUCCCCAUCUUCAUCUGCCUCCACCUCUGCAUGGAACGCCCUAUCUGUGCUAUCCGCUGCUCAAGCAACCUUCUCCCUGGCCUCCACCCUCUCCAAUCCGUCCCCAUCAUCCUCUCCUGCAUCCCCUUCCUCGUCAGGCCAGAGCGCAGACAGCUCAUACUCCAUUCCUAUAGUUCCGGCCAGCACGUCGGAGCUCUCCACCAGUACCACCACAGUCGUGUCGUUGACUUCGACCUCCGCCACAUCCGUCGAGACCGGCGCAAUUCCAGCAUCUUCCACCACCGUCGUGUCGUUGACGUCGACCUCCACCACAUCCGUUGAGACCGGCGCCGAGUCGAGUGCCACCUCCGGCACUGAGAGCCCGGUCACUGACUUGCCUGCGUCGACUACUCUCGUCACCAGCACAAGCACAAGCUCAAAUGGCGAUGCCGCCGCUUCUGGCACCACUUCCGCUGCCUCCAGCAACGAGGUCUCCCCAAUCAGCGCCUCCGAGACCAGCUCCGGCGCCACACCUGCCUCCAGUACCGAAGCUCCGCCAGCCAACAACGCUGCCGGUGGCCUCGAGGCUUGCGUCGGCAUGACCUUUGGGGGAAUUGUGGCCGCAUUCGCGCUGAUUUGA